AACAAGGUCUGUCUUUCUCUCUCCUUUCAGAAAGAAAAAUAAAAGAAAAAAAGAAACUUUGAUCCAAAGAGAGAAGAAGCGUAGAAGUUCCACGCAUACAAACUCUCCAUCAAAAACAAAGGAAGAGUCCACAACGCCACCAAACUCUCUUUCUCUCCAUCUCUCUCUAUCUUUCUUUCUUUCUCUCUCUUCAAUGGCCCAGCUGGACCAAAAUUUAUGUAAGAAGGAAAAACCAAAAAGAAAGAAAGAAAGAAUGAAUGGGAAAGAGAAGAUAGAUAUAGAUGUAUGUAUGUGUCUUCAAAUGUCCUCCAACCAAACCCACCUCACAUAAAACUCUCUCUCUUGUGUAAAAACAUGUUUGCCACAAAUACCCUUCUGCAACCCCCCAAAAAAUCCCAUCUUCAUCACUGUCUUUCAAAAGAGCAUUAUUUUUCACCGAGCUAUGUGGGCUUUUUUGGGUUUUUGUUGUCUUGGUCAGAGUUUCACAGAGAAAACAGGAAAGCAAGAACCUUCUCCCUCCUUCCCAUUCUCUUUUCUAACUUCCUAUUUCUUCUUUGUUACCCCUCUAUUCUCUCUCUCUUUCUUUCUCUAUCUCUCUUUGUUUUGCUCUUUCUCUAUCUCUCUCUACCUCUUCGUCUCUCUCAAUUUUUCUUUUCUUGCCCAUCUCUCUCUUUCUUCUCUUUUCUCUUUUCCUUGUGUUCUUUCUUUCUUCCUCUCUGUAAUUUCUGGCUUUAGGUUUCUGGGUUAUUCUAUUUCUACUUUACACAAUGAUGAAGAAGAAGAUGAAAGGGGUUGCAGCCAUGGAGACUCCUCUCUACCCUGUCUAUGAGGAUGCUCGGACUAGGUUUAAGCAUCAAAGUCUUAUGCAAGACUAUCAAGAGUUGGAGAAGGAAACCGAGGUCACUAAGAAGAGAUUGAAGCAUAUGCAACAGAGAAAGUUGACCCUUUUGGCUGAAGUCAGAUUUUUGAGGCGAAGGUACAAGUACUUGAAUGAGAAGCAGCCUAUGAACAGCCACCAAAUUCAAAGGGAUCAACCCCAGUUGCAACAUCAUGACAUCCGAAGUACCAAUGUGACCAAGGGAAAAAAGUAUAGCAAAAACAAAAAGGAAUCAUCUUUCCGGUACCCUGCAAUACCGCUAGACUUGAACCAAAAGGAAAUGAAUCACAGUGGAAUGGAAUCCCCUUUGCAAAAAUCUGCUCCAGUUUUGGACUUGAAUCAGAAAGUGAAGAACCUCGGUGGAAAAGAGGCUAGUGUGCCGAAUUUCAGACCAACUUUUGACUUGAAUCAGCAGGAAAGAAUUCAUAGUGGAAAAGAAGCUUCCAAGAGGAAGAACACCCCAAUCUUUGACUUAAACCAAAUUUCGGGUGAGGAGGAAGAAUUUCAGGCAAAUGUUGAGCCGUUUAGAAGAGAAGAACCGAAGAAAGGUCUCCUUAAAAUCGCUAACGAGGAGCAGCACAACGAUAUGAAGUUACUAGUUUGUAGGAACAUUGGCAAUGGAUCUAACCGAGCAGGAAAGAGGAAGAUCACUUGGCAAGAUCAGGUGGCUUUAAGGGUUUGAUUUUGUUGGAUCAAAAUAUAGUUUGAUGGGGUUGGAAAGUGUUGCCUUGUCUUAUAACUCUAUUCCAUGCUUAACUAUCAUUCUUACUUUUUCUUUACUUAUCUAGUUCUCCUUCUUUUUGUAAAGUUUGAAAAAUAGUUGCAUAUAGUGGAUGUGUAUAGAUGAAGUGGUGGAAUUGAUGCUAAGGAAUCAGAUUAAGUAUUUUUUUUUUUCCUUUUCAUUUGGGGUGGGGAGGAACGUGUAGUUAUUAUGGUUUUUGAGACUGCCUUUGCUGAAAUUAUCUAAGAAAGGGAUUUUGGAAUCUUUGCAAUCCUUGCACCAUUGGAAAUGGUUUGUGAUAUAUACCAAAUUUUGCUUGUUUU